AUGAAAUAAUUAAAUUAUCGUCCUUUAUUUAAUUUUUAGCUUUCUGUUAAUCCAACAACUAAAAGCAUAUCAUAAUUAAGUCCAAGAUAAUUAUUAGAUCCAGCAUUAAUAAAAAGAAUAUGCCAAAAUUAAAUUCCAAAACAUACAAUAAUGAGUUAAUUUUGUCUUUAGCAUGGCAAAUAACAAAAAUCAGGAAAUUAAACUUGUUUUUCAGAAAAAAGUGAAUAUAUUCUAAUUAUUAAUAGAAUUCGUCGAUCUUGGUAUCCAAUAGUUCAAAAAUAAACAUAUAAAUCUUUAAUAUUAAGUAGACGAAUCCAUGUUAAAGUUACAACAAAGACAAUGAAAUGUUUUCGAAAAGCUGGUAGUUUAGAUAAUUAUAUUUUAUUGACUAAACCUUAGGAUUAAGAUUUUACUUAUGAGGAAUAUUUAAGAAAACUAAUGCUCACUAAAAUUGAUGCUCCUUUAUUUGAAGUUUAAUAUUGUACUAAAGAUUAAGAUUCCACAUGUUUUAAAAGCUAAACUUCAAAACUUCUCAAGAAGAGCAUAAAGAUUAAGCCAAAUAGCUUCAGUUGUAUGACAUCCACCUGAAAUUAGACAUAAAGAUUAACAUUUUUUAAAAUAAGAACACUAAUGAAAUGUAUCCUUAAGAAUUUAUAAAAUUAAGGGAAUAUGAUUCUUUGAAAGAUAAGGUAUUUGUAAUUAAGUUUCUUAGUUUGAAGAAACUGAUGUUUUACAUCCUGUUUUGUAAAUUAUUUUUUAGAAAAAAUAAUUAUUCAUUUUAUAAAAUAAAUAAAUUCUAAUUAUUAAUUAAAUUUUAUUUUCUUAAAUGGAAAACAAUCGUUAUGAUGAAUAGCAACAUUUUAUCCCUUAGAUUUAAUAAAAUUACAAUUAAGAUUAAAAUAGAGAAUUAUAGAGAUAUCAGUUUAUUGAUGCUUUUAGUUAUAUCACAUUAAUGCUAUGUAUAAUAGUUGUUUUUAUUGGGGUUUUUUUUUUCUGA